AUGGGGCAGAAGCAUCUUUUGUUGCUUGCUUGUUUCUGGGUCCUGUCAUGUUCCUUGCUACUUCAUGCUUCCUCCGAUGGACUGUUAAGAAUCAACCUGAAUAAGAAGAAACUGGACAAGGAAGCUUUGACUGCUGCAAAAUUUGCGAAGAAGGAGAGCCGCCUUCGAAGGUCUAUGGGUGCUGGCCAGUAUCUUGGUGCCUCAACUGAUGACAUAGUUCCUUUGGACAACUACCUGGACACUCAGUACUUUGGAGAGAUUGGCAUUGGCACGCCAUCACAGAACUUCACGGUGAUAUUUGACACUGGAAGCUCCAACUUGUGGGUUCCCUCAUCCAAGUGCUACUUUUCGAUAGCAUGCUACUUACACCACAGAUACAAGUCAACCAAGUCGAAGACUUACAAAAAAAAUGGAGAAUCUUGUACAAUCACAUAUGGUUCCGGGCAAAUCGCUGGCUUCUUCAGUGAGGACAACGUGUUGGUUGGUAACCUUGUUGUGCAAAAUCAGAAAUUUAUUGAGACGACUCGUGAAACCAGCCCUACUUUCAUCAUUGGGAAGUUUGAUGGAAUUCUUGGCCUCGGAUUUCCUGAAAUUUCUGUGGGAGAAGCCCCUCCAAUUUGGCAGAGCAUGAAAGAGCAGAAACUGGUCGCAAAGGAUGUCUUCUCUUUCUGGCUUAAUCGUGACCCUGAUGCAUCUGCUGGAGGCGAGCUUGUCUUUGGUGGUGUUGAUCCAAAUCACUACAAGGGGAACCAUACAUAUGUUCCCGUUACUCGCAAAGGCUACUGGCAGUUUGACAUGGGAGAUCUUCUUAUUGGUGGCCACUCGACUGGUUACUGUGCUGGUGGUUGUGCUGCUAUUGUGGACUCAGGGACUUCAUUGCUGGCUGGUCCAACUACCAUAGUGGCUCAAGUCAAUCAUGCAAUUGGUGCUGAGGGGAUCAUCAGUACAGAAUGCAAAGAAGUGGUGAGAGAGUAUGGAGAGAUGAUCCUUGAGUUACUCAUAGCAGAGACAAGCCCACAGAAAGUGUGCACUCAGAUUGGUCUCUGUGUAUUUGAUGGUGCCCAUUCUGUCAGCAACCCAAUUGAAUCUGUUGUUGAGAAACAAAAUCUUGGUUCUGAUCUUUUCUGUACUGCUUGUGAGAUGGCUGUUGUCUGGAUACAGAACCAACUCCAAGAAAACAAGACAAAAGAGCUCAUUUUGAAUUAUGCUAAUCAGCUCUGUGAGCGUCUCCCUAGCCCCAAUGGCGAAUCAACUGUUGAUUGCGAUCAGAUCUCAAAGAUGCCAAAUCUUGCAUUCACCAUAGCAAACAUGACUUUCACCUUAACACCAGAGCAGUACAUAGUGAAGCUGGAGCAAGCAGGACAAACCAUCUGCAUCAGUGGGUUUAUGGCAUAUGACGUACCACCUCCUCGUGGUCCUCUCUGGAUACUUGGUGAUGUUUUCAUGGGCGCCUACCACACUGUUUUUGACUUCGGCGAGAACAGGAUUGGGUUUGCCAAAUCUGCCUGA